AUGGCAGGUGAUUAUGACAUCGCACUCAUCUCCGAGACAUACGUUGGCUCUGGAGAUCAGGUUAAAUCGGUGAUUGGAAUUGAAACAUACCAGUUCUUCACGGGCAGCAGGGUUAAGGCUUGCAUCCUGGCAAAACCAGGAUGCGGGUCCAUCUUGGGAUUAUCUCAGUUUUCAACAUCCAACUUCUGCGUUAUCAAACUUACUACUGGAAAUCGCAAUGUUUAUAUUGCAUCUAUAUAUGUGGAACCAGGCAGGGACGAGCUAGCAACGCUCGAUAAAUUAGAUGUCUUUCUUAAAGACACAGGUGAUGUUCACAAGAUAGUGAGGGGUGAUCUCAAUGGGUGGCACCCAAUUUGA